CUAAAGAUAUAUAUGAAAUAACUAAUUAUGGCUGCACGAGAAUCUGGUAGAAUAAAAGAUGCAUAUCAGAAAAGAGUGCUUGAUGAAGCUGCUCGUAAACGUAGGCAAAAGAAAGCACUGGAAGCUUUGGAACAAGACAAUUUUCAUGAUGAUCCUCAUGCUGACUUAGUAAUGAGUAAGAAAGUUCCAAAAUUUCAAGAAACAUUAGAUAAUAGAGGUGGCAGAAAGAAGAAAACUAGAUCAGCAGAAUAUUAUAAGCAACGUUUUCGAAAAACUUUUGCUCAAUUAGUAGAAGAAGAUCUUAAUGUUAAUCCCAAUCCUCCUAACUAUGCCUCUGCUCAAGCACCGCCAUCUCGUUUUCCUGAACGUCAAUUUUGUGCAGUUUGUGGAUUUCCUAGUAACUAUACAUGUAUUCCUUGCGGUGCUAGAUAUUGCAGUAUGAAAUGCUUAGGCACUCAUCUUGAUACAAGGUGUUUAAAAUGGACAGCUUAAUAAGGCACUUUUAUGCAAAUUGAACAGCAGAAAAAACUUACAUAUAACUUAUCUAUAAGUGUAAUGUUAAAAUAUGGUUGAUAAGAUGAUAAGUAUUAAUUAUACACAUAUUAUAUGACCUUAUCCUAGAUAAGAUAUAUAUGGAAAAUAAAAUAAAUUAUUUUUUUAAUAAUAA